GCCUGAGUGUCCGUCUGACAGUAGUGGGGGAAGCUGGUAAUGGAGGGGGGAGUUAUCUCAUAAUUUAUCACUCUGUUUAGACCAGAGACUUUGUCGCUUCACCUGCACCUAGUAGAGGGUCACCGGCGCCUCCCUACGCCUUACACAGUAUGUGUUACAUCUUAUAAAUAGACAUAGAGGCGAUAAUUACGUACGAGUUGCUUCUCGGCCAUUUUGUUUAUUAUUCCCCGCUCUUGCAGGCGGAGCAUAGAAAUCCACACCAUACACAUAUAUGAGAAAAUUUGAGAAAGCUGAGACUUGCUCUCAGGCUAGUGCCUGAAAUUGAAGGAGCUGAGGUAUGAAGACAAGCUUGGAGAACUGAGUCCUCAUUACACUGGAGGAACCAAGCAACAAAGGUGACAUGGUCACAACAUACAAAAUACUUACAGGCGCUGACAAGGUUAACUUAGAUACUUUGUUUGAGAGGUGUGGAACCAAAGUGAAAGGACACAGAUGGAAGCUAAAAACCAAAAAUGAGGCAAAGAAAUGUGAGAAGGAACUUCAUUCAGCGUGGGGGCGGUGAGCGAGUGGAGUGCACUAGGGGAGGAGACAGAAGCUACAGUCACUCAAUAUCAAGUUCAAAUGUAAAUACGAUGAAGCCCAUGGGGCUCAGGAUGCAACGUACCAGUCAAUUAGUAAUUAAGAGGCCGGGCCCAGGAGUUGGGGCUUGAUCCUGUGGAACACUAGUAGGAAAACUGCUGUCCAAUGAAGAUAAAGCAGACACAGCAAGGUGUGUCUUAGACAACGUUUUACUUAAGUUUUUGCGAGAGCUGUCCCUAACUUUGCAAUAAUGGAUGAGCAUUGAUCAAAAUUUUCUUUUCACUACAUUCCUAAAUUUCAAGCUUGAAAAACUAAAUCAAGAAGAUGAAAAAGUUAUUCAUGCGUCAUGUUCUUUAAGAACAUUAUUUUGAUACUAUAGCAGCAGUUGAUCAAUAACUUUCUCUCCAUUUGGAUUAAAAGAUUAUCAACAUGGAUCAGACACCACAGGAGAUAAUGCAUUCCCUGUUUUCCCUUGAUCCUAAUAUGGAAAACAGGGGACAUCUGUAUCCUUAUAACUAUCCUUAUGGACAAUAUCCUUACCCAUACCACUAUCCGUAUCCUCCUCCUCACCAUUCAUCAGCUCAUGCAAAUAUUCCUUCAUCACACAGUAUGCCACCACCACCAUCUCAUCCUAUAACCCAGGCUUCACAGAGUCUUGCAGCAUCACAGAAUAACCUUUCACCAUAUAACGGUGGAGUCCACAAUAUCCGUCCACCUAUGACUAACAUGCGAGAGCAAAUGGGAGAUGGAAGGCUUCCUUUAGGAGACAGUAGAAUACCUCAUCUAAGUGAUAUUGAAAGACACACAGUUGAUACACAACAUAUUGCAGAAGAUCUACGUAGUGUACCUACUGAUUCCAGGAACCUUGGUGAUAUGAGACAUCAUCCAGUUGACAUGCGACCAAUACCUGCUGAGCAACGGUACUUAGGUGAUUUAAGAUCCUUUUCAAGUCACCCACGUUCAUCCUCCACAGAUUUUCGACACAUUACUGAUUACUCGUCUCAACCAACGGAUUUACGAACGCAACCAAUUGAUGCUAGACUCUUUAGUGAUGUGCGACAACUUGCUGGAGAUACAAGGCCACCACUUAAUGAAGCGAGGCUCAUGGGGGAUCCUCGACAUACCCUAAUUGAAGAUAGUAUUAGAAUCCAAGAAGACCCAAGGAAUCUAAUAAGUAGGCCCACAGGUGAUUUCAGGUAUGCAGGAGAUUUUAGAACGUAUGAUAAUCGCCCUGCUAGUGUUGCUCAACCUCCUGAGGAUAUGCAGCUUUUGUCUGGUGAUCCAAGACCUCCAAUAAGUAACACAAGGUCCAUUGAAGAAACUAAGCCCCUUUAUGAUUCUUCAAGAAUGAGUACAAAUGAAAAUAGGCUUCCAUUACAUCAGUUUGAUACAACUAACCUUUUAAAAUCAUCAGGAAAUCAGCAUUAUUUUGAUGACAGAACUAGUUUAGUAAAUAAGCCUUCAGUUAAUGGUGAAGAUCUUUCUAUUAAGCAUACAGCUCAGGAUUUGAGACAAAUGCUCACAGAUUCAAGAGUGACUUCAGGAAGUAACAAUCAUUCUGUCCAUGACAUGCAACAAAGUAUGAAUGAACCAAAAGCACAGCUAAGCUCAUCUGGACAAGAUGCUGAGGUUAACCAAGGAAGUUUAAGAUAUCCCACAGUUAGUAGCCCAAACACAUCUUUAGGGUUGUUGUCCCAUGCAUUGGGGGAGCAUUUAAAAGAAAAAGAGUUUGAGAACAGUGAUGGUAAUACAAAUUUAAAUGUCAGUCAGGAAGAACCUCUUAAUAUGGACAACAAAAGUUAUCAUUCAGAUGAACCUAACAGGGAUAAAAAUGUAGGGGAGAUGAAUGAUGAAAUGGAAUAUAAAGACAAUAAUGGAAAAUGUGAAAUUUCUCAGGAUAUUGAUGAAGAUGACUUUGACUCUGAAGCCUCCUCUACUGAAUACUCUAAUCCUUACAUAGAAUUCAAUGAAGUAGCACAUGGAGUAUUCAACAAUGUUAAUAAUAUUGCUGGUCCAGUUAAACCUUUUCACUGUGAAGACUGUGAUGCUACAUUUACUACUAAAGGAAACCUUAAAGUACAUAAAAGAAUCCAUACUGGAGAAAGGCCAUAUGAGUGUGAGGAAUGUGGUAAAACCUUUUCAUAUUGUGCAUCAUAUCAGUCUCAUAAGUUAAUACAUAGUGGACACAGACCAUACAAAUGUGAAUUUUGUGAACGGGCAUUUUUCCGAAGUGAACAUUUAGAACGUCACCGGAGGAGGCAUACAGGUGAAAGACCAUUUAAGUGUACAGAAUGUGAUGCUACUUUUGCUGCUAGUGAUGGAUUGUCAAGGCACACGAGAACUCAUACUGGUGAAAGACCUUAUAGCUGUGAGGAAUGUGGAAUGUCAUUUGCUUAUAAAUCUACUUUUCUUCGACAUAAACUGAUGCAUUCUGAGGGUGAAUACAAAUGUGAGGAUUGUGGUGCAGCAUUUAAAGAUCCUGCUAGGUUAGAUAAACAUAUAAAAAAGCAUAAUGACCCAAACUAUGUGCCAUACUCUGAUGAAGGUAAACCAAAGCCACAUAAACUUAUGGAAGAUGGUAUAGAGGUUACAGGAUGUGAGUUCUGUCAGAUGAAAUUUAAAAGAAAAUCGGAUUAUUAUCUUCAUCGGAGAACACACACUGGAGAAAAGCCUUAUGUGUGUGACGUGUGUGGUUCAUCAUUUAUCAGGAGAGCAUAUCUGGACAUUCAUAUGCGUACUCAUACUGGUGAACGUCCAUAUAAUUGUGAAUCUUGCGAAUCUGCAUUUAAAACCCGCACUGCCCUAAAGUUUCAUAAACGUACUCACAGUGGUGAAAGGCCUUACAAAUGUGAACACUGUGAUUUUGCCUUUGCCCAAAAAUCUGCAAUGAAAGCACACACACGUAUUCAUACUGGUGAUAAACCAUAUAAAUGUGAUUCAUGCGAAGCUGCUUUUCGCCAUAGUAGUAGUUUAACUAUACACAAACGAACUCACACUGGAGAAAGACCAUAUGUUUGUGAUGCUUGUGGAGCAACAUUUGCCCAGAGACCUCACCUCAAUCUACACAAAAGAGCUCAUUCAGGUAUUAAGCCACACACUUGUGAUGAGUGUAAUGCAUCUUUCACAAAAAAGGAUUACCUUUUGGCUCACAAAACAAAGCAUGCAGGUGGAAGCACAAUCAAGACUGAAGCUUUAGUGGAAGCUGCAGGUGAGCAGGUGUACAAGUGCACUGAUUGUGAGAUGGUGUUUACACACCAUUCCAGUUUAACAGUCCACAUGAGAAAACACACUGGUGAGAGGCCAUUUGUAUGUGAAGACUGUGGUGCAUCAUUUUUAUACAGCUCAAAUCUUACUACUCACCGCAGAAAACACACUGGUGAAAGACCAUAUAAGUGUGAUCAGUGUGAGGCCUCCUUCAUUCUCAAGAGUUAUUUAACGAUGCACCUUAGGAAACAUUCUGGUGAAAGGCCAUUUAAAUGUGAUGAAUGCCAAGCUUGCUUUACACAAAAAACUCACUUAUCAACCCAUAGGAGGAUUCAUACUGGAGAAUGCCCCUACAAGUGUGAAGAGUGUGGAGAGGCUUUUCGUGAUGGUGCCAAUUUUUGGAGACAUAAGAAGAAGCAUUUAAUUGGUGAAGGAGCUGCAACUGUAACACGUAGAAGAGGAAGAAGAGGACGAGGAAGAGGUGGGACUAGAGGUUCUAGAACUGCUCCAACUAGGCGAACAACACGUGUUCGUCGUUCCACAGUAAAAUUUGAAGAGCUCUAUGAGCAGUUUAUUGUUAACCAACAAGAUGAAAGAAUGCUUGUUAAAGAAGAACCACAAGAUCAGUCAAAUAAAGAUGAUGAGGAGGAGGGUCCCUACAUCACAAUUAACCCAAUGGUAGAGAUCAAGUUAGAAGAUGAUGAGCAUCACCAGAUACAAGGUAAAAAAACAGAGUUAAGACAACCAGAGGACAGUAAUCUUAUAGGAAUGGGUAAAGAUACUGUUAAAGAUCAUCUUUCAAGAAAUGAUGAGAAUGAUAAGGAGAAUUUGGAAAAAAAGCCAGAUCAUAUAGAUGAAAGGUUACAUGUUAGUGAUGGUAAAGUAGAUAAAGUGACAAAAUGAUCAUGUGAAUAUAUUUUUCAAAAUUAUAAUGUACAAUUAUAUAGAAUAUAAGGUUGUCAAGUAUGAUAUAGGGAAAGUAUUGAUUGUUAGUGCUGAAACUUAUCAUUAAAAGUAUAUAUUUCUUGAAUUACUAAUGAAAUAUUGAUACAGAUCUCAUUUUGGGUAUAUCUUAUUUUAUAAGUAAAGUAAUAGAAUAUUUAUUAUUGAUUAAAGUUACGGAGUAUAUUACCUGAAGUACUGUAGUUUGUAUUCUUGUGAUGUUAUGAGAAGAUUGUAUGUGAUGUAUUUUCCAGUGAUUGCUGUAGUGUGUGUAUAGUAUUACAUACCUGGUCUUGUCCCAGUUUCAGUUUUGUUUUUAGAAAAAUGGUGUGGAAGUGUUGACCUUUGGAAGGUUCAAUGUUAUCCUUUUGCAAUUGCCAAUUAUGUACUUUUUGUGAUAAUACAAAUCAGAAUCGUGUUAAUAUGCAGACAGUUUUAUAUAUAAAUAUAUAUGUAUAUAUUUUGUGUUAUUGUAUCUUUGUAAGUUAAAUAUCUUUUAAAUUUAAAUUAUUUGUUAUGCAAUUUUUUAAAAGUCUAAAUGUCCAAGGAAUUUUUAUUGUGAUUUCCCUGAAUUACACUUGUUUUGUAAACAAUUACUAGUCAGAAUAGGCUUGGAGUCAGUAUAUUUUGAUGUUAAGACAAAGUAAUUUUGUUUUGUCUAGUGUUUACAGUAGUUUUGGCUGUAAAUAGCAAAUGUUUAGAAAUGUCUAUGUUUUGGAAUACACUAGCUAUUUUACUAAAUUUACAGUGGUUUGUGAGAUGUGACGAAAAAGGGAAAUAAAUUUUGAACCAAG